AUGAUGUAUAUACACGCUUGCUUCUUCAUUCCUACUUGUUACUACUCCCCGUUUCGUUCUUCUCAUCCUAUUCCUCAUUUUCCACCAGUUUCACUGGCUCACCCUUCCACUUUCUCUCUCUCUCUCUCUCCCUCCGUCACUGUCUCAUUCAAGACAAUAUUUUUUGAUUCCGAUGUUUACAAUCUAUCUCUAUCUAUCUAUCUAUCUAUCUAUCUAUCUAUCUAUCUAUCUAUGAGGUUGAAAAGGGCGAUUUUCUUUCUUUCUUUCUUUCUUUCUUUCUUUCUUUCUUUCUUUCUUUCUUUCGCAUUUAUUUUUCUUAUUUUUCAUAAUUCUUAUUUUGUUCUUUUUAGAGUCUUACUCUUGGAUAUGCGUGUAGUAAUUUUCACUGAUAUUCUUUCUCUCUAUCUAUCUAUCUAUCUAUCUAUCUAUCUAUCUACCAGGCUCGAGUUGAAUGCAGAAGAAGAGUCCCCAGUUGUUGGUCCCAUCAUCCUAUUCUCCCCCUUUCUUCGACGGGAGAGUUUUUUUCACGUUGGUAAAAUAAACUGGAACAACUCUACGUUAACCGAUUAUUCUUCCAACGAACGCUUCCACGAUACACUUCUUCAUAUCCCGUCGAUUUUGAACAUCUACUGCAACAUAGUUUUAUACACUUCAUGUACACGACUCAACAGUCGACAGCUGGAAAUGUAUCUAUAUAUUUUGGGUGCGUUCUAA